GUUCCAUCUUGGCAUUGCCAUGGCGGCUGAAGGCUCCCAUGCAGGCUUGACGGCUGCGGCACGUCAAGCCCGAAAUCUGGCGAUGCUUGGGAAGACUUUGCAAAGACAAAGGGAGGAGAAGGAGGAGGAGGAGUUCUUCUUCAUGGUUCGAUGUCGAAAAUCGGCACCGUGCGUCCCUGAACUUCAAGCGUCGCGGUCGGCACUGUGCGUCCCUGAAGUCCCAACUGAAGGACGGCCAUGUCGGGUCGAUUCCGAUGCAGCAAAACGCUUGGUUCGGCACCACGCACGUGGUUCCGCACCACUGGAAGUAGAGGGCCUCCCCAUGGCGAUUCAGCGGCAUUUCGGUGCCUUGGGCCUGCCCUUUGAUGCUAAGGAGCCCGAAGUACGGUUGGCCUACAAGCGGAUGGUGCAGGCCCAUGAAACAUCGGAUGCACCUGAUGGGAAGAGGCUCAAACUGGCCACCCAAGCGCACGACGCCAUUUGUGAACACUUGGGACAGCAGCCCUGGUCACGAAUGCCACCGCCACAAACGUGGGGGAGUGUCCGGUCCGAGUCUCCGAGCGAAGCUGAGAAAAGAGAGCGACAAAAGGAUAUGGUGAGUUCAGCAACAAAAAUAUAG